CUUCAUUGAUAUUGCUGACUUUUCUCUCCCACAAUAUCUCAAGAAGAUGGUUAAUGAUUCCUAAAGUAUCUUCAAAUUCUGCUGAUGCAUAAUGGGGAAGAAUACGCAUCCUCCGCGUGGAGGUGGUGCCAGCCAGAAAGCAAAAGCUUCUGGUGGCAAUACUCAGGCUGAGGCCUCGAAGUCGAAACCUUGUCCGGCGCCGAAGGGACAAGAUUCGAAAGCUAGCAGCAGUAAGAGCAAGGCUGCUCAGAAGGCUCAAGAAGAUAAACCUGUCGAAGAAGCGCCAAAGAAACCGGAUACUCGAACCUUGAUUGGGGGCGCGUCAUGGACCGGAAAGCUUCCCGUCAAUAUGCUGUCAGAGCAUUGCCAAAAGCAAAAAUGGGGCAAGCCGGAGUAUACGAUGAUGAAGACCGCGGAUGGCUUUGUUUCUUCAGUUAUACUGCGGAAAGUCAACACCAAGACUCAGGAACUCACUACACUUGCACCAAUUCGGACGCCUCCAUCUCACAGGCAGAUCUCGGCACAGAAAACCGCAGUCGAAGCAAGGCAUUUCGCAGCAACGUACGCUUUGUUCCGGGUAUCAAGCAUGAAAAACAUUCAUAUGAUGAUGCCGCCUACCUAUAAAGAUUUAUGGAAAGGCGAGUUUGCGGCCCUGAAAGCUGAAGACGUGGCAAAUGGCCGAGGCUGGAUGUAUGAUGCCGAUCCCUUUGGUGUUUUGAAGGACCAAGAAGAUGCGAAAAUAGCGGCUGCGAAGAAGCGAGAGAUGCAGCUAAAGGAUCAGAAACCCGCAAGUGGGCCCGGUGCUAUCAGACCUGGAGAGUCGAGCAAGAACAAUGACCGAUUGAAGGGUUGGACACGAGUACCAAAGGUGGAAUUGGCAAAGAGGACCAGAAUGGAGAUCGAGAAACUCCUGAAAUUGAACAGGUGGAACCCGCAUUCUGUGUCCAUCUCACAGACUACCCGCAAGCAACUUGAAGAUUCCAUCACACGACUUGGCUUCCGACGAGCACACGUUAAAGAAGCUAUCGACAUAUGCAAAGAUAGAGAAGAAGUGUUGGAAUGGCUCCUGAUCAAUGUACCGGAGGACGACCUACCGAAGUGGACAUUUCCAGAAGGGUACACGGCCGGUAUUUCCUUGGCUACAGCCGAUCUGAAACGCGAAGGUGCUGUUAAGCGACUGGCUUCUGCAGGCUACUCUAUGGAUGUCUGCGAAGAGGUAUAUGAUGCCUCAAAAGGAAAUGAGGAUCUUGCUGCCGCUGCCCUUCAAGUGCGACUGCUUGGUGAAGACGACUCGAAUCAAGGUCUCUCCGAAAAACUUUCUUCCUCAACAUUAAACGAGUCUGCCGACCAGGAAGUAUGGGCGGAGGAGCUGGAAGUGCUCCAGGCGAUCUUCGGUGAUCGCAUCUCGAUUUCUGGAUACGCAUGUGAGGUUGGCCUUGAAUCAGCAGAUGCUCAGAGGUACCGCACAACGCUCCGAUUCAUCCCUCCUACCAAAAAUUAUCCAAGAUCUCUCCCUGUGCUUUCAGUGAAGGCUGAAUUACCGGCCUAUAUUCGCCUGAGCAUAACAAAACAGGCCCUUGAGUGGGCAAGCGUGGAGUAUCUCGGCGAUCAGAUGAUAUUCAACAUUGUCGAUUGGAUCGAGCAAUCUCUACCUUCGAUAGUCCAGGAUCCAGGUCCAUUGAGUGAUAUCUCUCGUGGUACCACUACAGCGGAGGCAGCAACACAGGCGAAGAGUGAACGAAACAUCAACCGAAUAAAGAGAGCACCAAGACGAAUUGAAUGGACGCCAAACACUGCGCUCAGCAGGGAUAUUUUAUCAUCGUGGCAGAGCAAACAAGGAAUUCCUCAGCAACGGAAGAUGAUAAGUGGCCGACAGUCGCUGCCAGCCUGGAAAUAUCAAGAAAAGAUUGUCAGUGCCGUCAACAAUUACAGAGUGACCAUUAUAUCCGGCGAGACAGGUUCCGGAAAAUCGACCCAGUCCGUCCAGUUCGUUCUUGAUGACUUAAUACAAAGAGGACUGGGUGCUGCAGCAAACAUCAUUUGUACCCAGCCGCGCAGAAUCUCCGCUCUUGGACUCGCAGAUAGAGUCGCCGACGAGAGAUGUUCUGCAGUGGGACAGGAAAUCGGCUACACGAUCCGUGGCGAAUCGAAGCAAACCCCCGGAAAAACUAAGAUCAAUUUCGUAACGACGGGAGUUCUCCUUCGGCGAAUGCAGACUUCCGGAGGAAGUCCUCAAGAAGUGGUUGAUUCUAUUGCAGAUGUCAGCCACGUCGUUGUCGACGAAGUGCAUGAGCGCAGCCUUGACACGGACUUCCUACUGGUCCUUUUGAAGGAUGUCUUGGCUAGGAGGCAAGAUCUGAAAGUCAUUCUGAUGAGCGCGACACUUGACGCGGACAUGUUCGAACAGUACUUCCGGCCAGUAGGAGAAGUUGCCCGGAUUGAGAUUGAAGGACGGACCUUUCCUGUACGAGACUUCUACCUGGAUGACGUUGUCCAGAUGACUGGAUUCAGGGGCCUCAAUUCGGAGUUUGACGAAGACGACGGGGGCAAUGCCUCUGUAGGAGCCACCAUUCGUUCUGUCGGAAUGCGCAUCAAUUAUGAAUUGAUAGCACAAACUGUUCGACAAAUCGACCAGGAUCUAGGAUCGACCGAAGGAGCCAUUCUGAUCUUCCUCCCAGGCACCAUGGAAAUCGACCGGACCAUACAAGCAUUGCGUCAAUUUCCAAAAAUUCAUGCCCUCCCUUUACACGCUUCACUACUCCCUUUCGAACAGAAGCGCGUGUUUCCUCUCGCUCCUCCCGGGAAACGCAAAGUCAUCGCAUCUACCAACGUCGCGGAGACGUCGAUCACCAUUGCCGAUAUCAUCGCCGUCAUAGACACUGGCCGAGUCAAAGAAACCAGCUUUGAUCCUCAUUCGAAUAUGGUCCGUCUUGCGGAGGUCUGGGCUUCUCGAGCCGCAUGCAAGCAACGACGUGGUCGAGCCGGUCGUGUCCAAGAAGGUAUUUGCUACAAGCUGUACACCCGAAAGGCUGAGAUGGAGCAGAUGGCGGAACGACCUGACCCAGAAAUCCGACGAGUUCCUCUCGAGCAGCUAUGCCUGUCUGUCAAGUCAAUGGGGGUCGCAGAUGUCCCCUCGUUCCUCGCUGGAGCGUUGACACCGCCGGCAGCCACUGCUGUGGAAGGCGCCCUAAAGCUUUUACGGAGGAUUGGAGCAAUGGAUGGUGACGAACUCACUGCACUGGGGCGCCAUCUAUCUAUGAUCCCAGCUGACCUGCGGUGCGCGAAGUUGAUGGUAUAUGGAGCAAUGUUUGGCUGUCUUGAGCCCUGUCUCACAAUUGCAUCCAUUCUCACCACGAAAAGCCCCUUCGUGUCACCAAUGGAUAAGAGGGAUCAGGCGAAGGCAGCAAGGGCCUCAUUCGGUGGGAAUCAAGGUGACCUGAUUGCAGACCUACGAGCAUUCGAAUCCUAUUCAUCGAUGCGAGAGAAGGGAAUCUCCCCUCGAGAUAUCCGUGCUUGGAGCGGGGAAAAGUUCAUCUCCAUGCAGACGCUCAACGAUAUCUCUUCCACCCGCGCUCAGUAUUUGACAUCGCUCAAGGAAAUCGGCUUCUUACCUCUUCGGUACACGUCGAAUAGCCCGGAUGCCCGAUCGUUGAAUGGCAACAGCUCCUCGACUUCUCUCAUCCGAGCGUUGAUUGCAGGCUCCCUCCACCCACAGAGUUCUCGAAUCAGCUUCCCCGACAAGAAAUUCAUCGCUGGAGCGGCGGGCGCAAUUGAAAUCGAUCCGGAAGCCCACAUGAUCAAGUACUUCACGCAGGAAAAUGGAAGAGUGUUUAUCCACCCUGGCAGCACGAUGUUCGGCAUCCAGACCUUCCCCAAUGACUCAACCUUCCUAAGCUACUGGGUGAAGAUGGAAACCUCCAAAGUCUUCGUAAGAGACGUCACUCCGUUCAGUGCCUUGACACUACUGCUCUUCGCCGGAGAUAUCAAGCUCGAUACCGAAGGGAGAGGACUAGUUGUGGACGACUGGAUCCGGAUAAGGGGAUGGGCAAGAAUCGGUGCGCUCAUUGGUAGACUGAGGAUGAUGUUGGAUGGCGUUCUGGCGAAGAAGAUCGAUAACCCGUCAUUAGAUUUUGGCAGCAUUGGAGAAGAAGGGAAGAUCAUUGGGUUGGUUAGACGGCUCGUAGAACUAGGUGGACUAGACUCAUAGAUUAUUCGGAAUAGAUCGUGGCUUCCUUCAAUUCGGUUCAUUUCUCCUAUGAUGGAAGGAUACUUGCCUAGAAACCAUUUUGCCUUGAUAAGAGGUGCGCAGGUCGAUUCCUAGCCCAGGUGCGACGAAGUAGGAGGCUUUAAAUAUUUAUUUCUGACUCCUUAUCUG